AUGGAAGCUGCUAGAGCUCCCUUCAUCCGAACAAACAUACAAGGCGGAUAUCAAGCAGGAGUAGCAGCACAACGAUUCGUGUCUGCGUACGGCUAUACGCAGGCCAAAGUACUCGUAUAUCCCAAAUACGGGGAGCCAAAAGAUGUCCUACAACUACACAAACAUUCCAUCGGCCCCCCAAGCGGCUCCCAGGUCAACCUCCGUCUCCUCGCCUGCCCGCUCAAUCCAGCAGAUAUCAACCAAAUCCAAGGCGUUUACCCAGCCAAACCCACCUUCACCAACGCCCUAGGAACAACCGAGCCGAGCGCCAUAGGCGGCAAUGAAGGCGCCUUCGAAGUUCUCUCCACAGGACCGCAAGUCCAAUCUUUGAAAAAGGGUGACUGGGUAGUCAUGAAACGCACUGGACAAGGAACAUGGCGCACACACGCCCAAUUGGAAGAAGGUCAAUUAAUCAAAAUCGAUAAGCAGGGAUUGACGCCAUUGCAGGUUGGAACAGUGAGCGUCAACCCCGUUACGGCGUAUCGCAUGAUCAAAGAUUUCUGUAACUGGGACUGGCUGCGCAGUGGAGAGGAAUGGUUGAUUCAGAACGGCGCUAAUAGCGGUGUUGGUCGUGCGGCUAUACAGCUUGCGCGUGUUUGGGGUAUAAAGACGUUGAAUGUGAUUCGCCAGAGGGAGAACCCCGAAGAGACUGAAGCUUUGAAACAGGAUCUGUUGGAUUUGGGUGCGACAGCUGUUGUGACCGAGGCGGAAUUGUUGUCCAAGGAAUUCAGGGGCAUUGUCAAGGACCUCACGAACGAUGGUAAACAGCCUAUUCGUCUCGCGCUGAAUUGCGUUGGUGGCGAGAAUGCUUCUGCUAUGGCCAAAGUGCUGGCUCCAGACUCGCAUUUGGUGACUUAUGGCGCCAUGUCGAGAAAACCAGUAGCGUUACCGUCGGGGUUGCUGAUUUUCAAGAAUUUGGUCUUUGAUGGGUUCUGGGUAAGCAAAUGGGGCGACAAGAAUGCGCAGGAAAAGGAGAAUACGAUUAGGGAUAUCUUUGAGUUGACGCGGGCGGGCAAGUUCAAGGAUAUCCCUGUGCAGGAAGUCAAAUGGACGUAUGACAAGGAGUCGAAGGAGCUCGUGGAUCCUGUUCAGGAUACGCUUUCUGGAUUUAGAAGUGGAAAGACCAUUUUUGUUUAUGAGGGCGAUGACUGA